UUGUUGUUUUGGUAAGACCCUCAUUUUGUUCUACUUUGACCAACUUCUCGCUUCAAUAGCGUCUUCACUUCUAUACAUCCUUCCAAGAUCAGCCACCGGUCUUAUUCCACUCUUGAACAGAAAGAAGCCAUAAAAGGAGACUCUAGCUUUGGUUUGCCUCGGCGUCUCCGGAAAUAAAGUAAAAAGGAAGAUCCGAGGAGCAAUCUCCCGUACAUUCAACUUCUAGCCAUUCGAAACAUUCUCUUCGGAUUCAAGCAUACAAUAGAGGUAUUCGAUAGCUUGAACUUUUCUGGAUAUGUCUUUUCAAAUUAUAUUAGGAUGGCAUAUUCCGGAGGCUCUGGAUUGAUGAUCUGAGGUGGAACUUGUUGGGUACCAGCAGUUUUUGAACCAACUUUCCAGUGGCUCAACUAGUUCAACAACAAAGUGCCUAUCUAAGUCAUAGAUCCUUCUUCUCCAAGUUCCAAAACUAUUACACAAGCCCUGCCUCGUUCUUUUGAAUCCAUAGACAUGGCUGUGAGCUUUUGCACUCUUCUAGUUCUCAUCACUUUAUUUGCUUGUGUUUCUCACUUGGUUCUUCUUCAUAAGAGUGAGAGAUCAUCACAGAAUCGAGUCAUGGAUACAUUCUUCAUAUCUCAUGGAUCGCCAAUGCUAUCAAUUGAUGAUUCACUACCAGCACGACAUUUUUUGAAAUCAUGGCAGAAGAAGAUAUUCACACCGAGACCGAAGUCAAUUCUGGUCAUCUCUGGUCAUUGGGAAACCUCUGUACCUACUGUUAAUGUCAUCUCUGGGCCCCAUAAUACCAUCUAUGAUUUCUAUGGCUUUCCUAAGCCCAUGUAUCAGCUAAAGUACCCGGCACCAGGCGCACCUCACUUGGCAAAGAGAGUGAAGGAAUUGCUUACAGAGGCUGGCUUCAAACAUGUAAUGGAAGACAAUGCUCGUGGGCUUGACCAUGGUGCUUGGGUCCCGCUCAUGCUCAUGUACCCAGAAGCUGAUAUCCCAAUAUGUCAGCUUUCCAUCCAAACAAAUCAGGAUGGAACCUAUCACUACAAAAUGGGCAAGGCAUUGGCCCCUUUGAGAGACGAAGGGGUCCUGAUAAUUGGUUCUGGAAGUGCCACACAUAACUUGAGGGCCCUUCAAUUUAAUGAUGUCUCGGCUGUUCCUUGGGCACUGAACUUCGAUACAUGGCUCAAAGAAUCUCUCAUAGACGGAAGACAUGAAGACGUGAAUCACUACAUGGUGAAAGCACCCAGGGCGGAAAUGGCUCAUCCACGGCCAGACCAUUUGUACCCUUUGCAUGUGGCUCUAGGAGCCACAGGUGAAAAUGCCGAUGCAGAACUUAUCCACCAUAGCUGGAGUAUGGGUUCUCUUUCUUACGCCUCUUAUCGGUUCUCAACAGCUUGGUGAUGUUCGUUGGUUGCUAAUGUUAUUCAGUGCCUUUAUGUUCUUGUAUGAUAAAUAGAUAAAAUUUGAAAUCUGUUAAGUGCCCAUUUUGGACGAAGCGCCCACCUGAAAAGCAAUGUUUAGGCUCUGUUUGCAGUUUUUAUCUGAACCGGAUGGAAAAUUUGUAACUGGUUCAACUUUGCAUCCAUUAUUUGUGAUUAUGAUUUGCGGUUCAACCUUCUAAAAGAUUUGCAUUUUUUUUCUCA